AUGUAAUAUCCUCAAUUACACCUACUCCCCCAUCCACCUCCAAGAUAGAUCAAAACUGACAUAGACUCAGAAGCAGAUAGAUACUUAUAGCCAUAGAAUAUUAAAAUUGAUCGUAGAUGCUCACAUUCAAUAAGAAGAAACCAAUGUGAAUAUAAUUUCAAUAGAAGUGCUCUUAAUUAUUCGUUUUAGAAAAAUAAAAAGGAUUAAGCUUGCUAAACUUAUUUCUUAGAUGAAUUUUUGAGUGUUGAAAUUUGA